CUCCGCACCUCCCCGCCCCCGCCGCGCUCCGAGCUCUCCUGGGCGGCUGCGCACGCGUGGCUGUCCAUUCAGCUACAGAUCCAUCAGUGGAUUCAUAGAUGAGGUGUUGGAGUCCUCGUCAUCCAAUCACUUCAAAGCUCUACCUCUGAACAUCACGGCACCGAGGAUCAAGCCCCGGACACGUGAGCCUUUGAGGGACAAACAUAACAAUGACUCAGGCCAUAACAGGGACCUCACAGUCUUAGACAGUUGGAGAAAUGACUGACUCAGAAGACGAUGAUACCCCCCAGCUUUCCUCCCACACCUUAGCAGCGCUCCAGGAAUUUUAUGCUGAGCAGAAGCAACACGCUGACCCAGGUGGGGAUGACAAAUACAACAUUGGGAUAAUAGAAGAAAAUUGGCAAUUGAGCCAGUUUUGGUAUAGUCAGGAAACUGCUUUACGACUUGCACAAGAGGUGAUUGCUGCUGCUGGAGAAGGUGGCAGAAUUGCGUGCGUGAGUGCCCCCAGUGUUUAUCAGAAACUCCGAGAACUACACAGAGAAGACUUCUCUAUAUACAUCUUUGAAUAUGACAAAAGAUUCGCCAUGUAUGGAGAAGAAUUUAUCUUCUAUGAUUAUAAUAAUCCACUGGAUUUACCUGAAAAAAUUGCUGCACAUAGUUUUGACAUUGUAAUAGCAGAUCCUCCCUAUCUUUCUGAGGAAUGUCUCAGGAAGACAUCCGAAACCAUCAAGUACCUGACAAAGGGCAAGAUUCUGCUAUGCACAGGUGCCAUCAUGGAAGAACAGGCAGCGCAACUCCUGGAUGUGAGGAUGUGCAAGUUUAUUCCAGAACACACACGGAACUUGGCAAAUGAGUUCCGCUGCUAUGUGAAUUAUGAUUCUGGACUGGACUAAGGAAACUUUUUAUUUUCUUAGUCAAUUGAAAAGCUAUAACCUCUUCUCCCACUCCCCCCAAACUGGGGCUGUCCUGGCCUAAUUUUCAGAAUAAAGGAGAAAACUGUCAUUAUUGUUUCCUUAAUGAGGGCAUCCCUGGAGUUUGGAAUUCUUCGGCCAGUCAAAUCCAUGGAAUUAGAGUUGAAAGAAGUCUUAAAACCUGUCUAAUGCAUUCCUCAUUUGACGACAUAUGAGGACAACUUGCUGGCUUCCCCAAGCCUCUUGAGGUGAACAGGAUAUUGGUCUCUGCUUUGGGCCAGGGGUGCCUUAAAGCGGGCUCCUUCUGACCAGCAGUGGAUAGAGGGUGCUUCUAGUGGUUGGCAUGCAGCAUCCUUGGUCUUGUGAGAGCGCUUGACAUCCUGCUCCAGCCACCCAGGGAGGCUUGACUUCCCUCCAUGAAACCAGUUGAUAAUCCAAGGAACCAAUUUUUGAGUGCCUCUUGUAUUUUUCCUCCUCUUCCCAGUUUGGGAGGGGUGACUUGAAGGUGUCUCAGGUGCCCUCUGCAGUGGCUGAGCCUCAGCAUGCUCACUCCAAACUGCCUGAAGAAGUCAGUUCCACCUGUGAACCAGACAUUGUUACCAAGAAACAGCUGGGGACUGCACUAGAUUCUUAUUGUUCAAAAAAUAUUUCUGAUACAUCUAUACCCCAGAAGGCUGCAUGGUAAUCAAAAGGAGUGGACCAUUGAUAUCUAUAAGUUGGAUGGAUCUUAAAGACAUCAUGCUGGGUGAAAAAAGCCAAGUCCCAAAAGUCACAUGCUAUAGGUUUCCAGUUAUCUAACGUUCUCCAAUG